GUCUGUGCCCUGGUUCGAACCGGGGACCUCUGGUGUGUGAGACUAGCGUGAUAACCGACUACACCACCCAGACAAUACAUCGCAAUGCCUCCGUUGUAUGAAUAGGAAUUCUUCGAGAAGUUAAAAUUCCGGGCGAAUUUUCGUUUACUCAAAAGCAGCGGAGAAUAGAUAGCUCCGUUGUCUGAGCAUUGGAUUUGAUCUCCUCCGCUAAUGGACUCUCGUCACGCCUCCCUUGGUCGUCGAACGUUGGAAGAAAUUCGACAAAAGAGAGCAGCAGAGAGAUUAAGCAAAACCUCUUCUGGACCCGAUCUUGCCAACCCUUCUGACACUAAUGAGGUUUUGGGGAUUAGAAAAUCUGAGAGUGCAACUCGGCUAUCAGAGAAUGAUAUCACUGGUUUAGUUUCUCAAUUGAAAAAUAUGCAAAAAAAUAAUGCAGAACUCGAUGAAGAAAAUAGAGCACUGGCCUCAAAGCUUCAGACAAAAGAAGCUGAGAACAGCAUGUUGCAAAAGCGUCUUAAUGAUCUGGAGCAAAACACUGUACCUUCAUUAAGAAAAGCGCUCAAGGAUGUUGCCAUGGAAAAGGAUGCAGCAGUUGUUGCACGAGAGGAUCUUUCAGCUCUGCUUCGUACAGUUAAGAAACGUUUGAAGGAAGUAGAAGAGGAACAGUAUCGGGCUGAGGAGGAUGCAGCGGCUCUACGAGCAGAACUUAACUCAUUACAGCAGCAAGCAAUGACCGGUCCACUGAGUGGUUUAACUUCAAUGAAUUUUCCGCCAGAUCAUAUGCAUGCUAUAGAGAAGGAGCUAGCAGAUCUAAAAUCUCAAUUAGAGCAAGUGACCUUGUUGAGGCAACAAGAAAGACAGCAGUUAGCGGAGGAGAAAGCGCAUAUAUCUGCACUAAGUUCUCAAAAGCAGGAUUUGGAAGAGAAGCUUGCUGUUAUGUCCAAAAGGAUCUCAGAUGAAGUCACCGGAACGGCAUCCCAGAAGACAUUCUCGGGGGAAGACAAGGUGAGCCUUGAAAAGCAAUUACAUGAUAUGGCAGUGGCCAUUGAAAGAUUGGAAAGUAGCCGGCAGAAACUUCUAAUGGAGAUUGAUUCACAAUCCUCUGAGAUAGAGAGGCUAUUCGAGGAAAAUUCUAAUCUUUCGUCCGCUCAUCAAGAAGCUCAAGGGGUGGCAGUGCAGUGGGAGAAUCAGGUCAAAGAUUGUCUCAAGCAAAAUGAGGAGCUUCGUGCCAUGUUAGAUAAGUUGAGGGCUUACCAAGCUGCAAUAGCAACUGCAAACAACAACCAAAUCCAGCAUGGCAUGUCGGCAUCUAUCAAAGGCAGCAAAAAUGAAAUUCAAGGCGCAGAAUAUGAUGAAAUCCUCUCCGUCAAGGGUCAGCUAGCUGAAGAGCAGAGCAAAACAGAAGCCUUGUCUGCUGAAAUCUUGCAGCUCAAUGCACGGCUCCAGCAGGCCACCCAAGCAUACAAUGGUCUUACGCGCAUCUAUAAACCUGUUCUAUGGAACAUCGAAAACAGUCUUGUGAAGAUGAAACAAGAUAGCACGGUGAGAGUCCAGUGAAGGUGUAAGGUUGUAAGUGGUCCUGUGAAGUUGAGGCAACAAUUACAUGGUGGAUGGGCAAUGAAGGCACACUAUAUAUAAUUCUAUCAAUCUAUUUGACCCUCGUCUGAGCAAAAUAUUCAUUAUUUUCCUUCAUGUGACCGAGGGAUGUGUAUUUUUUCUGGUGAUGUGUUUUCGACCAAUUAGGGAUGUGUAU